ACGGGGGUGUCGCCAGGUGUCGCCGGGUGUCAGGGACUCGCGCCGCACGCUCCAGAGCCGAAGACGUGGCCUGAGCCCGAGGUGGCAGCUUGCGGCUCGCGUGGCCUCCGUGACACGAAAUGGUCCGGUCAGGCUAGGUGAGGACUGAGAACGUGCGGCGAGUGUCCGAGAAGAGGUGUGAGAUAUAAUUUGGAGGCCAGUGUGGAGUGUCCAGCGUCACAGCAGCACUGUUAGCCGUCAGCCUCCGUCCAACACCGACCGACCGUCCGGCGCCAGCAAUCUCACAGUCCGACCCGCACUACCACUUCGCUCACCAGCUGCGAGUCCAGGGGUCGGCAGGCCGGCCGCCGGCCAUGAAGGAGAAGAGUAAGAACGCGGCGCGCAGUCGACGGGAGAAGGAGAACCUGGAGUUCGACCGGCUGGGCCGCCUGCUGCCCAUCAGCUCGGCAAUCAGCAGCCAGCUGGACAAGGGCAGCACCAUCCGACAGACCAUCAGCCUGCUGCGCCUACAUGCUAUGUACCCGGAAGGCUUGGGCGUCGCCUGGGGCUCCCAACUGAUGGAGAGCAAGAUCAAAGAGCUGGGCUCACUCCUGCUACAGACGCUGGAGGGGUUCGUGUUCAUCGUGGCCUCGGAUGGCACCGUUAUCUACAUCUCCGAGACGGCCUCCGUACAUCUGGGUCUAUCGCAGGUGGAGCUGACGGGGAACAGCAUCUAUGACUACAUCCACAGCUCGGACGUCGAAGAGAUGGCUGCCAUGCUGGGCCAGCGGGUGGGCCUGGAGGCGGACCAGCCGUACCAUAAUGCAUUACUGCGUUACUUUGAAGUGGAGUGUAGCUUCGUCGUGCGCAUGAAGUGCGUUCUGGCCAAGAGGAACGCCGGUCUGACAGCCGGCGGCUAUAAGGCGAUUCACUGCAGCGGCUACCUCAAGUGCCUGCGGCCGUACUCGGGCGUCAGCGCCGGCCAGGUGCGGGGCCUGGUGGCCGUGGGCCACUCGCUGCCCUCCUCGGCCGUCACCGAGGUCAAGAUGGCCGGCAGCACGUUCAUGUUCCGCGCGAGCCUCGAUAUGAAGCUCAUCUUCCUAGACGCGAGAGUGCUGCCUCUGACCGGGUACGAGCCGCAGGACAUGAUCGAGAAGACGCUCUACCACUUCGUGCACGCCCACGACGCCCACAGCGUGGCUCAGGCGCACAGACUGCUGUUAUACAAGGGCCAGGCGAAGACCAAGUACUACCGGUUUCUGACCAAGUCGAGCGGCUGGGUGUGGCUGCAGAGCUACGUCACCAUCGUCCACAACAGCAGGUCUUCCCGGCCGCACUGCAUCGUCAGCGUCAACCACGUGCUCAGUGACGUAGAGGCCGGCGGCACGUGUCUGGACGCCGCUGACUCGCGGCUCCGGCUGGCCCCGGACCACCUAGCUCUCAGCGACGCUCUGGAAGACUGCGGCUCCGGUCUGCUCUGUGAGUACCCGGCCGUGAAUACUGAGGCGGACGUCCGGUACCAGGAGAAUGGCGUACGGUACCAGGAGAAUAACGUCCGGUACCAGGAGAGCGACGGACGGUACCAGGGGAGCGACGGACGGUACCAGGAGAACGACGUCCGGUACCAGGAGAAUAACGUCCGGUACCAGGAGAGCGACGGACGGUAUCAGGAGAACGAAGGGAGGUACCAAGGGGGCGGCGGGCAGUACCUGGUUUCCGACGAACGGUACGACAUGCCGGCGGCCGUCAUCCGCCCGCCGCGAGAGGGUGCCGUGGCGGCGGCGGCGCGGGCCGCGCCCGACGCCCACCGCUGGCAGGAGCCGUUCCUCGCCUUCCAGCCGCUGGCGCCGCCGGCCGAGCCGUGCUGCCCGGCCGACCACUGCCGAGAGUCCGGGCAGAAGCUGGGCGGCUUCUGCCCGGAGGCGCACUGCCCGGACGGCGACUGCCCGGAGCGGUACCGGGGGCGACCGCUGGCGGAGGGCUACACCAGCGUGAUCGUGGACUCGCAGCUCUACGCCCAGAACCAGUACGUGCACUGA